CUGCAGCCGCCAUCUUCAUCACUUUCGUCACCUUCAUCAUGAUCAGCUGGACCAGCCUGCUUGUCUUCCUCCUCUGCAGCGCCGUGACCCCCAGCCUCGGCUGUGAUUGGCUCAGAAACUACGGUCACCUGAGCAACACCUCUCUGACUCUCAUCCAACACAUGGGCGGUCAGCUGACUGAUGAGGAGAGUCCAGUGUCUUUUCCAUACAGACUCUACCAAUGCAUAAAGAGCGAUGAGAUGGAGUCCCAGUUGGCUUUCGCCAGAGACAGUCUGGAGCUGAUCGCUGGUCUCUAUCGCCACGAGAACCGCUCCUCUGCUACCUGGGACACAGACGAGACCGAACGCUUCCUGAUGACCAUCGACAGACAGACGGACGUCCUUAAGAGCUGCGUGUCGACUCAAAGCCGAAAAGACAGCCGACUGAGAAGAUACUACCGGAGACUGGUGAAGAGUACUCUGUACCGCACUGGUGGUAGUCCUGCAUCCUGGGAGCUGAUCAGGAAGGAGAGUAAACUGCACCUGGACCAGUUGGACCUGCUGGUGGGCUUCGUUGUGGACUCGGCGACAGACAGCAGGAGGCGCUCUACAGACAGCAGGAGGCGCUCUACAGACAGCAGGAGGCGCUCUACAAACAGCAGGAGGCGCUCCACAGCGACUCCGAAACAGAUGCUCUUCUGUCACUGA